AUGUCAGACUACUUACCGAUCGAAAUUCAAGUGGAAAUCCUGAAAAAGCUUCCUGUGAAAUCGUUAAUUCAAUGUCGCUCGGUCUCUAAAGCAUGGAAGUCUCUCAUCGACAGCUCCGAUUUUAUUGCACAUUAUAGCGGCCAACAGCAACAUCUACUUGUAAGUUAUCAUGAUGAUUUUGACCGAAAAUACGUUUCAGUUGUUGAUGAUGAUGCUUUUCCCCGACAUAAAGUGCCUUUGACUGUUCCCGUACCUGUUGACAUGCUUAAACAUUCUAGAAUAAUCGGCAGCUCUCAUGGCUUGUUGUGUUUGUAUUCUGGUUAUGGCGAGACCGCUGUUGUUUGGAAUAUUUCAAUUAGAAGAGCUGUUGCUGUUAAUGUGCCUAAUGUAGGAGAUUAUUAUCGAUAUGGAGCUGUUCUAGGUUUUGGGGUUUGUGGUGAAACCAAUGACCCUAAGAUUGUCAAGAUUACGCCUAUGGACAGUACAAGUAGCAUCCCUUGGCAAAUUGAUGUUUUUACCUUAAGCAUAGGGGCUUGGAGACGUCCUUAUAGCACCAAUCUGCCUCGUAAAUCAUUAAACUUCGACUGUUCUCUGUUAGGUGUAGUUGUAGAUGGAGAUUUUUGUUGGCUUGCAACUGAUAGGAUUACUAUGGAUGGUGAACGUUGGUCUGUUAAUUUGAUUAUUUCAUUUGAUUUGACAAGUGAAGAAUUUACAGAAAUAAACCUCCCAGAUGCUUUAGCACACCUCGAACGUCUUCAUCUGUCCAUGUCGAAACUUAGGGAGUCUCUUGUUCUGAUUCAAGGUUACCUGUGCAAUGAAGACGUUUUCCAUGUAUGGAUGAUGGAGGAUGACGUUCCAAAAUUGUUUACAAAGAUGUUCACUAUUUGUAUACCAGGUGUAGUAGUUCUAGGAGUAUUGGAAUUUAGGAAGAGUGGUGAACCUAUAAUUGAAAUUUUAGACUCUUCUUGUGAUCCAUAUGAAGACGAUUCAUCGCUUGUUGUUUAUGAACCUUGCUCAAAACACAUCACUCAUCUUGGGAUUAGUGGAAUGUGUUCAUUUUUUUUGUCUUGCUACAUGGGAAGUUGUCUUGGGAUUAGUGGAAUGUGCUCAUUUUCUUCGUAUUCUUACAAGGAGACACUACUUCUGCUUGAUCAUCCGGAUCUUACAACUUAUGACAUUUGA